AUGAAAAUUACCGUAAUAGUGUAUGCAAUCAUCGUAAUAUUAACAUUAUUACCAUCUCCUUCAUCCCAACUAAAGCAAUUCACGUACAAAGAUCCUCAAGCUGGUCUCGAUCUUCUUGAUGAGGACAAAUCCUACGAUGGAACAAUUAUCUUACGUUUCGGAAAUCCAAUGAAGCAAGUUAAUGGAAGCACAACGUGCUGGGAUAAUACCAUUUAUCUUCGAAUAAUUUAUCCAAACGCAUCAAUUAGUUUCCUUUCGAUUUCAAAUCACGGAAUCCCGGAUUUUAAUUUUUGUUUGGCGAACGGAACCAUAUUUAGCUAUACAACAAUGUGGGGAUUUGACCAAGGACUUUUGCUUACUUUUUAUAAUUCUUCAAAUGUAACGACUUCGGCAAUCAUGGGACUUUUUAUUACUUUUGAAGGAGCGGUUUUAAGCACAACAAAAUUGCAUGAUAACCUUAUAGACUAUGGAGGCAUAACAAGUUAUUGGCUGGUUGUUCCGAAUUCAAGUUCAAGAGAUGGAUUUUUAUUUUACUGUCGCGGUGCGACGGUAAUAAGCUGGAUACAUUUUAAUACACCAAACGAAAAUGGAGAAAUAAUCGAAAGAGCUAGAAGUGGAAUAUUUCAAACAAACAUUAAACUUGUAACAACAUCAGCCUUUUACAUGCUAGAGAAAGGAUUUGCCAUAGCUUAUGGAGGAGAUGAUUCCGCGACCAAUCUUAAUAAUUCUAUUGUAGACAUCAAUAUUGGUACAACUAACGUAGCAUACGUAAUAUUUUAUUAUUUUGAACCAGACACACGAACAGGACCAUUCUUAUUAUAUCAAAUUCCCACUGGAAUAUUAAAGUCGAAUAAUACCCAGACGGUAAUUCAAACCUUAACAUUGCAAGGAAUUAUAUGUAGUGUUGAUUUUAGCGGAGCCGGAGAUAUAUGUUUGUUAUUAUUGAAUUCACGACUUAAUAAGACCGAUAGUAAAAAUAAUACAACUUCACAACCUAUUCAACUUAUCUUCUCGAAGAUAGCUUUUCUUUCUUCUGGAUCGGUAACACAAAUAGGGGAUAUGAAAAAUGGUACUAGUUAUGGAUAUACUAUUCAACCUCUUCAAUUCGGUGGUUAUCUAAUGUUAGCGUAUAAAGACAAUAAUAUUUUUGGUUAUAUUCUUGAUAAUAAUGGAGAUUUAUAUGGAAACUGGUCAUUACCACAACCUUUAAAUAAUCCCUUGUAUAAAAGUACUUAUGUUCUUCUCGCAAAUAACUCGGUUGUGUUUGUGGAAAAUCAAAAUAAUUCAAUUUGGAGUGUGACAUGUGAUGAUCUAUUUAAAUUUAAUGGCCAAGUUUUAACUACUAUUUCUAUCAAUAAAGAUAAUAAAUUCAAUAACCCAAUCAUAACAUCAACGAACCCAACACUUGGAUCUCAAGUAAACGAAUCUACCAAACAACUCUAUAUAUCAUUCACUUAUCCUGUAACUCUUUCCAGUUCAAAUAUUUCAAUAUACCAACAUAUAAAUGGAACAAAUCAUGACCUAUUGCGCCAACGAUUUCAAGGUGAUUUGCCAAAUCAAUUCUGCCAGAUUGAUCCAAAUGAUAAUAAAACUGUUAUAAUAAAUGUAUUUCCUAGUACUUUUAAUGAACCUAAUAGUCUUUAUUACGUGGCUAUUGAGAAUAAUUUUGUAAAACGUAGUGAUACAAAUGAAGCUCUUUUAGGAAUUGACAAAAACUUGUGGACUCUGGUCACCGGCCAAAUAACGGGUAUCAUCCGUCUAACAUCUGAUGGUUCUAGCUAUUAUCUUUCUCUUAGCUCAUUUGAUCAACAAAAAUUUAAUGAACAAAUGGCCACCGACCUUUCUUAUAUAAUUCCUGUUGAAGACAAUAGAUUAACACCCAUAAAUGGAUUCGAAAAAGACAUUUCUACAGGAACUUUGCUAAUAUUACUUUUUUUUAACAUUAAGGACACUUCAGAUUUGUCAAAGAAGAGCGCAUCUAAUAUAUCUCAAGAUUUCAACACUUUGUUGAAAUAUAAGGAAUAUAGUGCCUUAAUGAACUACAACACGACAUCAUUAAUUGAUGAGCGUUAUCCCAUGACUAUUGCUCCAUUAUUUUUGAGAGAUUAUUUGGUGUUGAUUAUAAUUAUUAUUAUUGUGCUGAUAAUCUUAAUCAUAUCAUAUUUUUUGGCUUCAAGGAAGUUUAAAGAGGCUGACAAUUUCACAAUAUUCAAAUCGAUUAUUAUUGCUGCUGAUUUGGGAUUACGAGUUUCAUUCGUCGUUAAUGAUGCUCGUAAAGUUCCAGAGUUAUGGUUGCCAAGUUUGGUAGUCCUCAUAUUUUCGAUCUCUAUCAACAUUAUAGCAUCAUUCUUGAUUAUUAUUUAUGAAAUUGGCAAAAAUCCAAAAUUUAGCAAAUGGUUCUCAGAAUACGGAUUUAUUCUUCCAUUUUUCACAAUCAUACCAGCGGGACACAUUGAAACUCUGUAUGUUUUGUCCUCGAAAUUUGGAUUGUUGAAGAUAUUUAGCACAACUUUCUCAAAGACUGUAAAAAAUGCAAUAUUUUGGGUUGGAAUAUUAGGUUUGAUUUUUGGUAUUCCACAAUUCAUAAUUCAGAAACCUCGUAAAACAAUGAAGAUGACUUCUACAUUCUCGCCUGUUAAAGCGCCUGUUAUAUCACCUGUUAUAUCACCUGAGUCAAAUCCAUCACCUUGUCCUCCUUUUUGUUCUCAUAAUAAUGCGACAUCUCAAGAUUGA